AGUGAACAAACGCCCUAUUCAAGGUCACCUGAAUUACGAAUGAGCCAUAAACUAGCAGAAAGAAAAAGAAGAAAAGAGAUGAGAGACUUGUUUGAUGAUCUAAGAGAUUUAUUACCAUUUGAAAAAGGAUUAAAGACUAGCAAAUGGGAGAUAAUGAAUAAA